AAAAAGUAGCUCAAGAGAAGUAGGACGAAGAAGAAGAAAGUGAAAGAAGAGAGAGCAUUAAGUCACUCACAAAAUCCCUAAACCUCACAUUUCUUUCACAGAGAAAAAAAAAAGAUGAGUGCUUUAGAAGAGUCGAAGGUCUAUAUUUUUUUGUGGCUUCUCUGCUUUUCAAUCUUCUUCACUUCGAGUCUCCAGGCAAAUGAGCUAACAACACCAUCUAAAGAAGGAGAGAUGAGGAUGGUGCCAUUAAUGGAGGAGAAGUUUAUGGUGAUGAAUGAGACAAGAAGGAAGCUUGGGAGUUUCCAGAUAUGCUCAGUUUGUACUUGUUGUGGAGGUGCUAAAGGACUUUGCUUGCCUUCACCUUGUUGCUUUGCAAUUAACUGCAAUAUCCCAAAUAGACCCUUUGGUUAUUGCUCCUUCACUCCCAAAUCUUGCAAUUGCUUUGGUUGCCACAUCUGAUAUCUUUCACUGUGCAGAGAAAAAAGUAAAUCAACACCUUGAUUUCAUCUGCAAAGUGUGUAAGGGAAGAUAAGGAGUAUGUGUUCUUGGUUUGGUUCUUUAUUUUUAUAUUUUUGUUCAUAAUUCUAUAUUCAGCUUUCAUUAAAUUUCAUUACCUACUAUCUUCAGCAACAUCAUCAUCCUCAUUAAUUUAUUAUCUUCUUUUUGCCUUGCCAUUAUGAUAAAGAAAUUUGGGUCUUUCCUGGAGGAUCUUGUUCACACUUCAAGCUAGAUUUGUUUUUCUUUGCCUCUCUUCAAUCAAUUUAUGUAUCUGUUUUUUUUCCCUCUUCUGUUUACUCCAGUAUCUCAUCACCAGGAUUGUACUUGUAGCAUAUUUUGGGAAGGGUCUUUUUGUUUUGUUUUGUUUUGUUUUGUUAAGUUGGCAAUUGGAACUGGAAGAUUAAUAUGAUGAUGAUGGUGUUGAUGGUAGUGAUGCUGAAGCUGCCUGUUAAAGCUAAGUCUUUUGUGAUGUGAUAUGUUAAGAUUAUUAAGAAAUGGAUAAAGUUAAGUAA